AUGGACGAAGUGGAACGAUCGAGCUGGCAAUUGCCCCAGUUGGUCAUCGACGACCCUCCUCCACCAUAUACCAAAGAGGAAGACUCUCGUUGGCUCUCGCCAGAUUCGCUGGGAAGGGUAUCCCGGGCGUUCGGGUUCCCUCAAAAUCUCAAUGGUUACGGCGGAAAAACACUCUCUGGAAGGUGCUAUUACGAUCUCGGAGCCUCCAGGGACGAAAAGAGGUUCCGCGUCUGCGUCAGCUGUAUCCUGAGCGGGAGAUCAGAGUCCCUUCACAUCCGCGACGGACUCAAUCCAGACAACGACAUACUCGCCACCAUGAGCAGAAAAUUCGAAGCAAGGUCCUAUGGUGGGAAAGAGCAAGAGAUUUUCAACUUUACACUCCAUGCUAUUGAGGGCUUGAGAGGAGUGGGAGAACAGGUCGAGAUGUACCGACUUUGGGAUUCCAAAUGGGGGCAUCGCAACACGCUGGAGCUGGUGAUCGAUAUCGCAGGGCGCUCGGAAAGGUUCCAAUGGAGGCCUUCCAAGGGGAAGGAGGUCAAAGGCCUCGCGGGGUACUCGAGCGGCUGGAAGCUGGUGCGCUUGGGGUCGCAGGAGGUCGGCGUGGGGGGAAAGAGGAAAAGCAGGGAGAAUGGGUUCGCGAGCGACGGGAAAGAGGUCGUCGCCGUGAUUGCUCACGCUUUGAGUUUCAGAAAGGAUUUUGUGUUUGCGCUCCUAGGAUCGGGCCGCUCAGGUGCCCUUGGGAACGCGUGGGAGACUGCGGCCCUGCUGUCCGGGAUCUGGAGAUGGUGGAACUCGGUCAACGGGUCGCUGGAUUGA